AUGCAUGUCAGACUCGCUGAAGCCAGGAAUCUCUCUGAUCUAGCUACCGUGGCGACGGAUGCCAUGUGGGACGAUGAAUUGACAGUGUUUCUCGCACCAUACCGUCAUAGGCAUCCCGAAUGCCUGCGUCAGGGGUUCCUCCGGCGAGCAAAGAAACGAUUUUACGGUGGGCACUUGCUGCUUGCUGCAGUGACAGAUCAGGGGGAUGUUUGGUGGGAUGGCACGGAGAAGAUCGUCGGAUACCUCUCAGCGACCCCUAGUAAGGAUAAUGCUGCAGCAGCCGGUAAAUGCCGGUUCUCAUGGAACGGGCUCGAGAUUUCUCUGCUUCGUUUUGAGGAGCUGUUCGUAUGGUACACUCACUCUGACAAGUCAAUCGAUCGAGCAAAUUGGCUAGAAUUCCAGAAUCACACUGGGAACCGGGGACCUCUGGAUGAUAUCAAGGACUCUUGGCAAAUCAGUCACUUGUCGGUGAGCCCUUCGUAUCAACGGCAUGGAAUCGGAUCCGCUCUUGUCGAGUAUGUCCAAAAUAUCGCGGCCAAAGAGAACAUCCCCGUGACUUUGCUAGCCAGUGCUCAAGGGCAGCUCCUGUAUAAGAAACUGGGAUUUGCCGGCAUUGGUUCAGUCGACUAUGGAGCAGGCAAUUUGGCGGAGGCUAUGGUUUGGUAUCCCUCAAACGCUGGACAUUGA